AAUCAGUAACCUUAUAUUAAGCAUUCCAAAAUGCAUUGAAUCAGAGAACUUAUAAGAGAUACAAAUUCUCCGAUCAAAUGAGCUAAACAAGUUUAUAAACAUUUCUCUGCAACAUUACGGUUAUGGAAUAUGUUGCUAGAUAAGUUGAACUUGUUUUUCGACACAGUUUAUCUAUCAUCUAGGCGAACAGCUGUUUGAAGAAAGUGACAGCUGUCAAAGGCCGGUUUGUUUACAAAAAUAAGCAAUUGCCGAUUUUUUAUAACUUAUUAAAUUAAUAGGAUUACUAUAAUAAAAGUACUAAAAUAAUAACUUUGUAAAAAACUUAAAAUGGUGUGCGCACUAGGCAUCGAAGGAAGUGCGAAUAAAAUUGGUGUUGGCAUAAUACGUGACGGAGAAGUGUUGGCUAAUGUGCGCCGUACCUAUGUGACACCACCGGGCGAAGGAUUCUUGCCAAAAGAAACAGCACAGCACCAUAGAGAAGUUAUUCUCCAACUUAUCAAAAGCGCGAUGAAAGAAGCUAGCCUGGAACCAAAAGAGUUGGAUGUUAUUUGCUAUACCAAAGGUCCCGGCAUGGCGCCGCCACUAUUGAUUGGCGCAAUUGUGGCACGAACACUUUCGUUAUUGUGGGAAAAGCCACUUUUAGGUGUUAACCAUUGCAUUGGUCACAUAGAAAUGGGCCGUCUAAUAACAAGCGCGCAAAAUCCUAUUGUGCUCUACGUGAGUGGCGGCAAUACACAAGUAAUUGCUUACUCUAAUAAACGAUAUCGCAUUUUUGGUGAAACCAUAGAUAUCGCCGUGGGCAAUUGUUUAGACCGGUUUGCGCGCAUAAUUAAACUUUCGAACGACCCCAGUCCGGGUUAUAAUAUAGAGCAGUUAGCAAAGAAGGGCAAAAUUUUUAUAAAACUGCCGUACGUUGUCAAAGGUAUGGAUGUGAGCUUUUCGGGUAUUCUUUCACAAAUUGAAGAGAUCGCCGAUCCCAGCAAAAGGCGGAAUAAGCGUAAAAAAGCAGAAGAAGCGGCGGAGGUACCAGAAUAUAGUAACGAGGAUCUUUGUUACUCGCUGCAAGAGACAAUAUUUGCAAUGUUGGUGGAAAUUACCGAACGUGCAAUGGCGCAUUGCGGUUCUAAUGAGGUACUCAUUGUGGGUGGCGUGGGCUGCAAUGAGCGCCUACAAGAAAUGAUGCGCAUCAUGUGUGAAGAACGUGGCGGUAAACUAUUUGCUACGGAUGAGCGCUAUUGCAUCGAUAAUGGUCUGAUGAUCGCACAUGCAGGCGCUGAAAUGUUUCGUUCUGGUACACAAAUGCCUUUCGAGGAAUCAUUUGUAACGCAACGCUUUCGUACAGAUGAAGUGCUAGUCACUUGGCGCGAUGACUAAUGAAUAGGCAAAAUAUGACGCCUCAUAUUGAGUUUGGUUUAAACUGCAAACAACAAACAACGAUUUGUUCUGCAUUCUUCAAAAAGGUUAGUUACUAGCCUCUUGAAAAUUCAAUAACAAACAAUUCGUACUAAGCUUCAGAUUUGAGAAAUUGAGCAAAACUUCAUGUAUUUAAAUAAAUUUAAUUCCAGCAAGCAUGUUUGUAUGUACUAAAUAUAUGUAUAUAGUCUAGUUUCAAAACGAAUCUUUACUUUGUUUCUAAUCGCUCAAUUCCUUCUCGAUACCACGCCAGUAACUCUUCAUUUCCAUUGGAAACAGUCGCUUGCCCUCGAUUAUGUAAACCUCACCAUUUUUCUCCUUUUCUAAAGCGCUAAGUAUGCAACGUGAUACAUCGGCAGCACUUUGCUUGUUGAGACGAUCCAACACUCGAUAUGAUUCAUCACCCAUAUCGGGAAAGAGUAUUUUCUCAGUAAAAUUUGUAAACAUGUCCGUAAUAGUGGCGCCGGGACAGAUUGUGAUGAACUUGAUGCCAGUGCGAUUUAAGUAAAUAUCAGUCUGCAAAUAAAUACUUAUGAAUACAGUGAAAGUCUAAAAUAAAAGCACUUACACCCAAACAUCGUGUGAAAUUUAUAAUUCCUGCUUUAGUAGCGGCAUACACAGGCAGCAGAAACAUUGGAUCCAAACCAACAACCGAAGACAUAUUUGCUACAAUACCUCCUUCCCCACCAUUUUCCUUGCUCAUCACUUUAAGAGCCGCAAGUGUGGAAUUAAUGAUGCCGCCCUAUGAAAGCGUACAGCAUAAUGCGUAAAUAUUGUGAUAA